UUGUAUCCCUGCUCACCUCCUCUCCAGGUAACUUCUGAAGAACUGAACAGUAUAAUUCAUAAUAUAAUGACCUGGGUUGUGGCUGCAGUGACCAGUGUAUUAUACCCAGCCAUCACAAAAUACGAAGAAAGGUUGCAAAAUAGUAUAUACCCAAUGCCUGAUGAUUCCACCCUCUCUUCAGAUAGUAAGAGUUGCUGUAGCACAUGCUGUGAAACAUUUCUAUAUGAAGCAAGUAAGAUGGUUCAGGCAGAGCCCUGUGCAAAGGCAGCUGACAGGUCAGUAGGGCAACCAGCAACACCUUUAAAACCAUCUUCUGCUCAUAAUGAAAGAACAGUUGUGGAAAAAGCAUAUGACAGGAAAGGACACUUAGGAAAGGACCCUAAAAUCCCUGAACGUAAAUAUAGUGAGACUGCUGAAUCCUACAAGCUUAAAAUCUGUAAAUCUGAUAGUCACCUUUUUGCACCUAUUAAAACAAGCACAAGGAAAUCUAAAGAUGCUGCCACUGAAACAGAUGGCUUACAAUGCCCGCUGUCUUCUGAUGAAAAAGCAAAAGCUGUAAAUGAGAUGCCGGAGUUAAAUAAUGUUAACUUUAAAUAUCACCUAAAAGGGGAAACUGAGCGGAUUUUAGAAAAUGUUUUUCAUGAAAUGGUGUCUGAAGUAACCCAGUCCAUCCCCACCCUUUCCUCUGUUACGGCCAAAGCUUUGGUUGACCAAACUCACACUGACAAAGGAGACUUGCUCUCCACUGUUGAUAUUUCCUCAGCAGCUGCUGAAAUUAUGGAAAAUGUGCUUAAGAGGCUACAGUCUGCAGUUGAGAAAAAAUGUAUUGAGGAAUUUUCACAAGAAAAUGUGUCAGUUCACUUUAAAUCAGACUUAGUCAGUGGAGAAAAUUUCUUUUCUCCAAAAGAAAAAACUUCAAAAGCUUCACUGCCUUAUGCUUUGGAGAAAAUGAAUGAUAUUGCAGACGAUAUGGUUCAUGUGAUCUUAGAAAAACUGACUGCUCUUGCAUCUUCUAAGCAAAGUGAACUUACUCAUCUUGAAAUCACACCUGACUCUGCUUAUCAGCCACUCAGGAAAGAGCCAACAUAUACGUUCCUUCAAAGAGCCAGCAAGAGGAAAUCCAUUGCUGAAGAUGAUGCUGCCAAUUUGAUUGGCAAAGAAGAAAUACAAAAUUUAAUGUCAAGUAUUUUUUCCCAGCCCUCUCUGGUUGGUUAUAUAAAGGAAGCAAUCAGCACUAUACUAGGUUAUAUACAAAUUGGACUUAAUAAUGAAAGGGUCAUUGCAAAUAAAGAAACAGUGACCAUCUUUCAGCUACUUGGUGAUAUCUUGGCUCAGCUACAUCAGAAGCCAGUGAAAAUAGAUGUCCAGAAGAGUAAACUUACCAGAAUGAGCAGUCCUCCUGGCACUGAAGAAGAGAAUAGACUCACCAGCACUGGAGUAGUUAAUGGUCCUAGAAAUAGAUGCCUAUUUCCACCUAUUAAUGUUCCUGGCAUGGUCCUUUAUUCUGAAGAUGAAAAUGAAGAAAUAGACAAAAUUGUAGAAAAUGUAUUGAUUUCAACUAUCAAAGAUGAAAAAGCGAAAUUACAAGAACAGUCUCCUGAUCACUGGCUAACAAGGGAAAAUGCUGGUUUUAAAUACAAAAGAAAUACAAACUUACUUACAAAGCCUGCUUAUCAAGACAAAGUAGCAUUUCACAAUUGGGGAUUAAAUACUGACCUUUCAACUUUUAAUAUUAAGGAUCUUUUUAAGGACAAGCCAGGUUGGAAUAAAGACAUUUUGUUUUUCAACCAAGAAGAAACACAUCAAAUACAAAAAGCCUCUGAAAAUAUAAUUACAAGUGUUUUAGCACAGACACUCAAAGAUAUAUCUUCUGGGCCUUCUGAUUACUUAGAUUAUAAAAAUGGUAGAGAGACUUCACUUCUUACCUCAGGAAAACCACAAGAUCUGUCACAUCAAGAAUGGAUGGACCAGAUGUUCUCCAUGUCAGAAAUCCAUACAGUAGCUCAAGAAAUUGUAGAUGCUAUAUUAAAAAUACUUCACAUAGCUUCUAGUCACAUUAUCGGACAUUCUUCAUCAGUACGUCAAACUGGUCUAGAUAAUGGUGAUGUACCAAAUAAAGAGCCAUUAGAAAUAUGGUUUGAGAGUAAAAGGAAGAUGAAAAUUUUAUCUGCACUUGGCAUAGACCCUACAAAACACCCCUGUUUAGAACCUGGAGCAAGUGGAUCAACAUCUGAACCUGUAGUUUACAUUAAUGAUAAGAUCAUUUAUACAAUUUUUAAGAAGCUGAACUCAUUUAUUUGUCCAAAAUUACAAAACUGCUUCAAACCAGAAAGCCAUGCUGCCCAUUCAAACCCUGAACCUGACAAGAAAUCUGUGUUUCGAUUUUACCUUAGUGCUUACACAACUAAAGUGGUAAAAAUUGUUUUGGAUGCUAUCCAGAAAGAACUACAGUACAAUAAGAAAAAUAUAAAUCUUAGGAAGAGUAGCCCUCCCAAGAACUUUAGAGAUACAGGAUUUUUUGCUGACACUGAAAAGGAAUUAGACUCUUUUGUCACAAAGCUAAAUAAUGACAUUAUGACAAGUUCAUUAGCAACUUGCAUUUGUGAGGUAUUAAGUGGGAACACAGAUAAAAGCAAUAUUUUACUCCCUUCAAAUAAGCUAUGGUCUAAAAUCUCAUAUGGAACUGUUGACAUUGAUCAACAAAAACUUUUGCCUUCUCAUUGUCCUCACAUGCAGGAGGAAAUUCACACAUAUGCGAGAUUGCAAGUGUUAGAUAGAAUUGGAGAUACCUUAUAUGACAUGCUGUGCAAGCUCAUAGGAAACCAUCCACAUUCUCCCCUAUUUGGUGAUCAAAACGAAGAGUGGAUCACUGAGAAUUUGAGAACAACCAGUACAUUGCAGUCCAAUAUUAAGUUUAUUUCUCAUACAAUUCUAGAAGAUAUUGUUACAAAAUUAUGUGGUAUUGAGAAAGACAGCAUUUUCAAAAAUUCGGAACUUAAAGGUAUGUCAGAGUAUAUUGACACUGACAGCCUGUCAUUUGCUUUACUUCUUCAGGAAUUGAGCAGAUGUUCUGAUAUAAUCUCCAGCAUGGUGUCCAGUGUGACCCAGCCAGGUUGUCAAGAGGUGACUAAUAACAAGGGGAAAACUACUGUGCCCAAAACAGGAACCACAAAAGGAAAGUGUCUAAAGAAACUGAAAACCAUGGCUUCAGAUAUCCUUGAAAUGGUUUUUGCUACAUUGGAAGGGUUUGCCAAUAAAAAUUUAGAAACUCUGGGCACUGUGAUCAGUGGAAAUAAAAAGAACAACAGGACAUACUGGGAAAGUGGAAAUACCAACAUUUGUGGUAACGCACUUGAAAAACAGUUGCAGUCGACUUUAUACAUGCAUGCAAAAAAAGUGUCAAGUACUAUUUUGAAAGCUAUUCAAACUGAAUUAAAUGUGAGCUUGCCAGAUUUGGAAACAUGCAUAAGCAAGCCACUACAGGAGAAACAAAUGCUUAAGACUCUAGUCAAUUUCAUUUUAGAUGCAGUUUCUCCAGAUGUAUUUAAUGAAACUGAGCCAGAAGAGAGAGGCAUUGAAAAUUACAGAUACAGGCCAACCUAUGGAAAUUUUCUUCCUGGAGGAGCGGACCCAGACUCAUAUCUAGAAGAUCCUACAGAUAGAGAGAAAGAAAAUGCUGGAGAGGAAAGACCAAAAGAAGAAGAAACUAAAUCAGAUUCUCUUCAGCAACGAGAACUAGAAAGAACAUUUAAAAAAAUUGAAGUAGAACUCAAAGAGUCACAGAAGUCCCCAGUUGUGCCCAUCAUAAGAAAUAUUUUGAAUGAAAUUUUUCAGAAUGAUUUAAUUGAUCAACUAAAAAUGCGUCCUCUUCCCCAGUCCCAUUUAUGUGACAUUCCUCAUGCUGGUGAUGAGCCAGUUGCUCAAACAUCUGUUCAAUCCCUGGAUAAAACAGUGGGCCCUUUAGUGUCUGAAGCAGAUGUAACCAUUGUUGCAGAUAAUGUUGUUAGAACCAUAUUUCAAAAACUUUAUUCUGCUGCCAUGACAGAUAGAAGUGUAAAUGAAAAGUAUAAUACUGUCACUUUUCCAGCAAAUCUCUCUUUGCCUGAACAUGCCAGUGGAGCAAAGGCUCCUGUUUAUUCUGCCAUACUGGACAGAAAUCCGUGUACACUUCAGUCCACAUUCAGUAUUGGUAAACUGACCAAAAUAAAUGUAGUUGAAGAUAUUAUACAGUCAGUAUUGACAAGUUUAGAAACAUUUGCUACUUCUAAAGUAAAAGCUCUAUUUUGUCCUCAUGUCAGCUUCACAGUUCCAAUAGCUUUACCUUUACAGCGGGAUGAGACUGCUUUAAGCCAACCACGGAUAUCAACCAAAGAUUCAUAUUCUGAUGAUCAAUUUUCCUAUUGCUCAGUGGAUCAUAAUAAGUCAGGAAAGACCACCUCAGUGUGUCAACUGACUACUUCUAAAUUAAAUAUAUAUGCAGUAGAAGUGGCUAGACAAAUUUUACAAGGAAUCAAACACAAGUUAGAUAAAGAAAUAAAAAGUCCAUUCUUAACUCAUAAUGUUGUGGGUUCUGAAAGUAUUCCAAGUCAGAUUGUUAACACACUGUUAGAUAUUGUGUCUACUAAAGGCAAAUAUGAAAAAAAUACAUUUGACAGAGAGACUGAUCGAGAUCGGUCAGAAGAUAUUGUUGAAAAGCUGUUCAGUAAAAGUGAUUAUCGAAAAAAACUUCAGUCUCAAAUACAAGAUACCAUUGAAGGUAUCUUAGUUGACAUCUGUGAGGAAACAAUAGAUGAGAAUAAUCUCCCACUUGCUGUAUCCACUUUUAAAGGUAAUAUAAGUGGGAGACAUUUAGAAGCAUACUCUGAAACGGACCCUGAGUAUGCAAAUAAGGCUAUUCUAACACUUUUAGUUCCUAAGGAGUGUGUUGCUAUGAUUUCCAAUGAAAUGGUAGAUAUUGUUCUUCAAAAUCUCACUUCUGCUAUCAUUCUUGGCAUAAAUGCGAAGGAUUCCAUUUCUCCAAGAUUUCCCCUGAUAUUUUCUGGUGCAUUGCCCAAAGCAGAGCAUCAAAAAUCCCCUGUGAUAGACUCAAUGAAUGAAAGGGAAAGGGGGAGAUUUCCAUCUGCAAAAAAGGAGAGAGAUGUACAGCUGAAAUUAGCUUAUUCUGAUGAUAAUCAGACAACUGUACUUAAGAAACAAGAUGCCAAGAAAUCUCCUGACCCUUGUGAAGAAAAUGCUCACUUCAUUACUAAAAGUAUCUUGAAUAGGUUAAAAUCUUUUGCCACAGAAAGAAUAGAUUUGCUAUUUAUUCUUGAUACUGAGACUAGAGAAAAACCAUAUGUUGGCCCAGAAUUUACAUAUUGUAAACGAGACGACAGCAUAUUUCUUGAAUCAAACCAAAUGCCACUAGAUGUGAAUAUCCCGAAAAUAUCAACAGCUAAAACCGUUCUCAGUCAAGAGGUCACAAAUUACACAUUUGCUAAUUACAGAGAAAAAAAUGGACCUGCAAUUCAUAUAUCACCAGCUGGUCUUAAGGAAUAUGCUGACAUAAUCGCCAAGACUAUUUUGACGCUUAUAAAAAAUGAUGUAGACCUAGAAAUCCAAAAGAUGUAUUCAUAUCAAAACAAUACUUCAUUCCAAGAAAACAUCAUUGCAAGUAAUACUGUCAACAACAUCUUAAAGAACUUACAUGAUAAAAUAUCUUUAAAUGCGAGUGGUUUUUACUCAAAGUGGGACCCUGGUCUUUUUACACAACUAGCUCUACAAAAUGAAAUAUUGCCAGGUCAAAGAAAGAUGGAAGAUAACACCGAACUGUCUCUAUGUUCAAAAUAUUCUGAUCAAAACCAAGUUAUAUCAGAAGCAGAAAACCAGAAAAGGGUUUUGGAGGAAAUAUUUAGAAAUGGAGAAUCUAGAAAGGAAAAAACAACUGCUUUGCUAAGUGCAGUUAAGGAAAUUUUAAAGAAGGUGUAUCAAAGGGUAAUGGAAGACAUAGACUAUUGGCAUCUAUUUAAUGAACUCCCCCACUUUACGUCUGAUAAAAUUAAAACAGCACGAAAAAAAGCCUUCCAGUCACAUAUAAGCAGUGUUGCGAAUGACAUAGUUGAAAGUGUUUUCAGAAAAAUGUUCUUAAUAAUUAUGACAUCUUUAUAUGAAAACAGUGAGACCAGGGGAGAAUUGGAAGUAUCUGGAAGUGAUGAAUUACUGAUGAAUCCAUCAUCCUUUAGGGAACUGAAACAAGAAGGAAAAAGAAGUGUACCCCCUGAAACUGUGAUACCACAACUUUAUUCUUACACAGGCAUCAGAAGUGUCACUUCGUUGAAAAACACCUUAUUGCAAUUUUCUCCAUUGCAAGUGGGUGAAGAAUUGGUGCAAAAGGUUCUCAGAAAGAUCACAGAUUUUGCUUUGCUGAAUCUAGGAGAGAGUUCGUCCCCUAAAAGUCAGUCUGAUGAAAUUCAGUAUCUGAGGCCAUGCGGUUCUAAAGCUAGUCCCAAGGACAGCCCUAAGACAAGUUUUAAAAUAAAUUUUAAAACAAAAUCAAAAGUUACUUCUUUGGCUAAGUUUGGAACAAAACCGCAGCUAGGACCUAGUGGAACUAAAGCCAAAUGGAAAACCAAGUUAGGUCCUAGAGAGAAGACUCUAAGAAGCAGGUGGUCCAAGACUGCCAUUGGACUACCACACCUGCUAUCAAUACGGGAUGCCAGAAACCCCUUAGUAAGAGCAAAACUCCCCACUGUGGAACUAAAAAUGUAUGCCAAGGAUAUAGUAAGUAAUAUUCUGGAAACAAUUGUAAAUGAAUUUCAAGAAGUGAGGCAGAAUAGAGCAAUGGUAGAAGUAAAUGCUUUACCUUCUGAUCAAAUCGUGACAGCAAGUGAAAUAGUUAAUGCAGUUUUGCAAGGAUUAUAUGCUACAGAGAGCAAUUUGGCCAACCCAAUAAAAGGCGCAUACUCAGAUGAUCUCAAACUUUCACAGGGGUAUUUUAGUACAAUCUCUCUUGCAAAUCCAGAAGCCCAUUUUUCUUUGGAGAAUGUUUCUUCACAACUCAAAAAAAUCUUUCCUAAAGAAGAUAUUUUUAAACAAAUGUUUGAUAAAUGGCAAACAGAAUCAAGUGACAUGGAUAACGAAAAGUAUAAGCUGUUGAUGGUAGCUGAAACUGUUUUGAAUGAAAUUUCAGUGAAAGCAAAAGAAUUAGAACAAUCUGUUUCACAUUUAAAUUUGUCACUUCCUGGGCCUUGUGAAAGCAGGCACCAUAAUUUUAAUGGCACUGCUUCUAGAACUGAGGGUUCCCAAGCACAAAUUAAUGUAUUUGGCCAGGAAAUUGUUGAAAAGCUAUUUGAAAAAUUAGAAUUGUGCUUCUUGACUCAGAUGUUUACAACAGAUAGUGACGAAACACUAGAAAGCAAAGAAGAAACUACUGCUAGAAGUAAAUGUGGUUCAUUAAGAACAAACAACCUCAACAAUGUACCAACUUAUAACACAAAGUUGAAAGACAAAAAGGUGGGGGGCUCUGGCCACCAAAUCGCUCAAGAGAUCUUAGAAGGGGUUCUGAACACCUUAGAGUCAUUUGCAGACCUACAGUUUAAACAUGUCUUUACACAUGCUUUUUCUGAAAUUGUGAGAACACCUAUUGAAAACUUUUUUGCUGUACAACAGAAACCAUUAAUGAAAACGAUAUUGCCCAGGUUACAGCGACUGAGUAAGUUUACUGAUGAAUCUAAAUCAAGUAGUAUGAUUUCCCAGGAAAACAUACAGAAUAUACUUGUACUGCUUUACUCAUUCCAUUCAGAAUUGCUUACUUAUACUGUUAAUACUGUCAAUGACAUGCUUGGUAUAAUUAAGAACAAACUAGACAAGGAAAAAUGCCAAGUAGAGCCAUAUUCAAUUAGCAUAUUUGAAGAAAACAUUGUAGCAAGUGAGAACAUCAGCACCCUGAUGGACCAGUGCACUUAUUUCUAUGAGCUGAUGAUCAAAAGCCAUUCAAAGGAAAGUCUGCUUCAAGGAGCUAUAAAUGCCUGCACUGUUAAUUGGUCCAGAUUUGCAAUCGGAAUGGGAAUGUCCACUUCAGAGUCAAAGGGAGUUAGCUGCCGGGAUGAUCCUCCACAAAUCCCUGGCUUAUUGUUUUAUUCAGAAGAAGAUAAGAAAAUAAAGGACAAGACUUCCUCAAGUAUACCUUCGUGUGUCAGAUACUCUGCAGGAGAUACAACUAAAACCACAGAACCAAUGGAAGGGCUCAAAUCAGAGCUUAAACCAUCAUAUUCUAGAAGUGAAGCCCAAAUCUUCAGUCAUUUUAAUCAAGCUGUGAAAGGAAAGUGCUCUCUCCUAGAAAGCACUAUCUUACAGAAACCAUCUCAGAAAUCCAGUGACUCUGCACAAGCAGCACUAGAGUACCCCAUGUCCUUCAGAGAAAUGGAAGAAGGAGAAAGUCAAAAAGUGCUUCACUGUGAGCCCCCCAAACCAGUUGUUCAGCCAAACCAAAUACAGACAACCAUUUCUCCACUCAAAAUAUGUUUAGCUGCAGAAAAUAUUGUCAAUACCGUGCUGUUGAGUUAUGGCCUUCCAAGUCAAACCCCACACACUAAUGAAAGUAUAGAAACUAUGAAGCCAUUUUUAAUAUCAAAGGAAAGACCUUUCUCUGUAAUAUCUGGAGAACAAAAGGAUGAGAAAAGCUUGCUUAAAAUUUGGGAAAAAAGAGUCAGCUGUGAAACUGAAGAAGAAAACAAAAGCUUUGUGGCAAAUGGAGAAGAUUCCACUUUACUGGAAAAGUGGAAAAAUAAAUACCCAAAGUUAGAGAAAAUAGCAGAUCUUGAAGAAGCUGAAGUCAUCGCUUUUGCAGAUCAGGAGCUGGGACCACAUGAAACCCAUUUAGUAGCAAGAUAUGUUACCACAUCUGUGGUCACUUAUUUCAAGAACUUUGAAACCAGAGGUCCUCUUGAUGAAAAAGUACCUAUUGUCUCCACACUGUUAAGCAAAAAACAUAAAUCAAAACAGCCUCUAAGAAGCAUAAAUAGUGAUUCUUCACUUAAUCAAUUUUGUGAACAUCUCACUGAAUUGGUUAUCUCCUACAUGAUUUCAAGCAUUUCCAAUUGCACUGAAGAUGGUGGAACAAAACAGAAAUCACUGGAAAACCAAGAUGCAACUUUUAGCAAAGUUAUUUUAGUUCAUUCCCAAGUGUUUGAGAGCCGGUCAGUUUCUAUCAGAGGGCUUGCUUUAAGCAUUUCUGAAACCAUUAUUCAAAUCCUUUUUAAUAGUGACAUAUUAAAGGCAGACACUACACAACAAGUGGUUUCUGUGAAAAAAAAAUAUAUUUACUGCGCAAAAGAAGUUGUGGCUGACUUCGAUGAUCUCUUUCAGGAUCUCUUGAUAGGAGUGAUCCAUGUUCUGUCUAAAGAAAUAGGAAUAAAUCAUCACCUUGACAGCAAAGGAAGAAAAAAAUCACCUUCCAUGGUUAAAAGCCAUAAUUUGCCCAUUUGCAACAAAACCAAAACUAUGAAAAGACAGAUAGGUGCCAGAAGUUGGAAGUCAGCUCCUACUCACCAAGUUAAUCAACUAGCACAGAAAAAUAAACUAAAUUCCCUAGCAUGCAAGUUGGACACUCUGGUUGGCAGCCUAAAAACUCAGGAAUCCAAAGAAACAGUCGACAAAAUUUUCAAUAUUGUUUUCAAUUUGUUUUUGCCAGAUGAAUGUCCACAUUGGGAUAUGGAUUCUGGUAAAAUAGCAAGAAAAAUGUUCCUAUCUUCAAAUAACCAGGAAAGUCAUAGAAUUCCUAGAAAUAACCUAGGGCUCUCCCCAAAGUCAGUUUUUCUUCUGAAUGUUGUGUGUGAGAAACUUAUUAGAAUACUCUUGGAAGAGUGCACAACCAACAACUUCCUUACAGAUGAUCCUCUUUCUGAUGAAAUAGCAACAGAACGUCAACUGUUCAACAUACUUCAAAAUGUAGAGGAAUAUUGCAGGGGAACAAUGGACUAUGGCUCACCAUUUGAAGGAUAUGUCAUGUCAGACCUUUUGGAAAAUCUGGCAGAAAUAGAUCAAGAAUCCAUGCUUAGUAUUAUUUCCCAUAGAUUGGUAAAAUCCUUAAUGGAAAAAGUGUCAUGCGGUAUACAGCAACCUCCCAGAAGUCCAUCUGUUACAAAUAAGCAUUUGACAUAUAGGACAAGAGUGAGAUCUAGUUCCCCAAAAGUAAAAAUGCCACAAAUAAAAGAAUCAAGACAGGGUAAAAGCUCUGUAAGAUUCAUGAGUUAUGACAACAAGCCUCCAACAGGACCACUGAAUAAUCUUAGGUCGAUUCAUUCCAAAAUUCAAACCCCAUUUGGUAAGCAGUUUUCAGGGAAAUUCUCUUCUCUACCUCCUCUUCGAAGACCAGGUAAAAGGGAAGUGAAUGCAAGAGCCAUUCUUAACAUGCAAUAUCCAGGAGGCAUGAACUCGGGAGUUUACUCUGCCACAUUUCUGGAAGAAAUAAUUGCAGACCUUUUUCUUAACCUCUCCACCUCAUUGCAGGGCAAAAAUGUAAACAUCACUGAAGCUCAGCUCAAGGAGAUGAAUAUAUUAGAUGUCACUUCUGUGGUGAAUGAGUUUAAUAACGCUCAAGUCACUGUUUUACAGGGUGUUGAUGAAAGGAUAUAUUUCCCACCAGUCUAUAAAGAAACGGUUAGUAAGAUUGUUGACUCUGUUUUUAAUGAUGUUUUAUGGGAAUAUACGUUGCAAGUUACCUGUGGCAAUUAUCUGGCACAUGCUGCCACUUCAAUAGCAGAACAGAUAACUAAUGACAUUUUGAAAGAGAGUGUAGACUACCAACUCCCAUUGUGCUUUGUAGGAAAACUCAUGCCUAACUCAUAUUACCCUCUCAAAGCUGAAAAUAUACUGCAGAAACUUCAAAACAACCUGAAUGAACUUAAUUACCAAGGUCAGCAUUCAACAGGCUAUACUACCAUGCUGUCACACUCGUUUUUAGAAGAUGUCAUCAGAAGACUAUUAUCUCAGCUCAUUCCUCCACCCAGCGAGGCUUCAUGCUUGGGAAAUAAAUACUUAAUGACUCUGGAUUUUAAUGAGAUCUCCACCUGUACAGUAAAUAAGGUUUUGCUAGCCAUUUCAAAGCACAAGAUUUGGCUCACUAAAUAUGAUUGUCAAUAUCUAUAUACAGAAAAAAACCUUCAAAAUAUGGUGGACUCUGUUUAUAAUAAUGUUUUGCAGAUGUCUGGCUCUCUUGUGUCAAUACAGAAAAGUAUAGAAAGCCAAAGCCCGAUUAUGGUUGAGCGAAUAGCCAGUCUCAUUAUUCAAGAGAUUAUUGAAAAUCAUCUUCAACCCUUUUUGUGUGGAGAGGGCUUACCACAUUCAACGACCUCAUUGGAUAAAAUAUCGAAUAUGGUUAAAGAGGUUCUCAGUGAAGUCACAGAGCCGCACAGACCCCAGAAGCCAUCAUCACUAGAAAUGGACUUUUACACUAAUGCAUUUGUAGAAGAAAUUGUUGCCAGACUAUUAUCAAAGGUCUUCAAUCCAAAGUAUAACACUGAGUGUGAUUUGGAUAAAAUGACCCCAAAAAUAGUAAACUCAAUAAACAACCAUUUUAAAGAAGCUAAAAUCUGCAUUCUUCAUGAUGACCAAGAGCAGCCGUUCCCCACUGUAGAUGUAGACACUGUGGAUGAACUUGUCAAUUUAGUUUAUGAGAAUAUUCUGAAACAGCAAGGGCUAGCCCUUGAGGUUGAUGAUAAAGAACUCAAAGACAGUGAUAUUUUUGCAGAAAAUAUUACCAAUUUAAUUGUAGCAGCUAUUUCUGAUUAUCUUUUUCACCCACUGUUUUCUGGGGAUUUGUUGGCUUCUUCCUAUGCUACUUUAACAGCAGAGAACGUUUUUCAGAACAUCUUUAGUAGUAUCAGUGAACCUACCCAGCCAAGCCAUCAUUUAUCUCCUUAUUACACCUUGCUACCAUACACGUUUUUAGAAGACAUAAUCAGAGUACUAUUAUCUAGAAUCUUUCCUUCUGCAUCUAACAUGGUUCCACACAGUGAAACUCCAAAAAAUAGAUCAGAAAUUAAUCACAGUGAAAUCUCUUCAAUGCUAAUCAGUGUUAUUAGGAGGAAAAUUUCCCAACAUGAAAUUCGACUUUCAAAAGAUGAAGAUGAAACCGAAUCUAUUUAUUCAGAGGAUGAUGCUCAGCAUCUCGUUGAUUCCAUAUUAAGAAAUAUCUUGCAAAACUCUGGUUCUCAAGAAGCAGUUGAGCAUGAUAUUACAAGCCAGGACAAUGUUCUUAUUGACAGGAUAGCAGGUUUUAUCAUUAAAAAUAUCUGUCAACAGCAUCUUCAUCCAUUUGUGUAUGGAAAAUUGUCAUUUCCUUCAUCAUAUACAUACUUUGAUGAUACGAGAAGGCAACAUUUUUUUGCCAGUGUUUACUCCUCAGCCUUUUUGGAAGAUGUGAUCUCUGGGGUUUUAAGCAAAAUAUUUCACAGGGUGUUAGGAAUUGUGGAAACAAAAUCAUUAAGAGAGUCAGAAAAAGAACUGUUAGAAACAGCUGAAAAACUCAUAUAUUUGAUAACAGAAGAAUUCUCAAAAGGUCAAGUUAACAUCUUAGAAGAUGCUAAGGAACAACUGUGUCUUCCACCAGUAGAUAGAGACAUAGUGAUCAAAAUUAUUGACAGGGCAUAUAGCAAAAUUUUACAAGAAUAUGAACUGGAACCUAAUAAGGACUUUCUCAGUGACACAAAGACACUGGCUGAGAGGGUAACUAAAAUUAUCCUGACUGAAGUUUUUGGUUUCCAAAUUCCUCCAGAUUUUAUAGCAAACCUGUCUUUUAAAUCAUAUUCAAAACUCAAUGCUGAUGUUUUGAUAAAGAGAGUUCAUUACGCGAUCAGUAAAUCAAGACUCCAAAGACAGACUUAUUCAACAUAUACCACCACAUUAUCACAUACACAUUUGGAAAAAAUAGUCACUCAGAUUUUAUCUCAGAUAAGUCCAUUGAACUGCAGUGCAGAAGACCCAGACCUUUUGCAGGCAGACUUUAGCGACACAGUUGUGAGACUAAUCAGUGAAAUCAUGUCAGUAAUUUCUAAACAUGCAAUAUGCAUUAUUAAACAUGGAAAUGAAAAACAAAAUGUGAUAUCAGAAAAAGAUAUCCAGGCUAUGGUUGAUGCCAUUUAUACUGACAUUUCUCAUUCAAACUUAUACCAGUCUCUUUCAAAAGAUAAAAAAGGCAUAAGUAAUAUACCUGUUACAAAAAUAGCGAGUUAUAUCAUAAAAGAAAUAUUUAACCAUCAUCUUAAGUCAUUUUUAUCUGGAGAUAAAACACAUCCAUCAGGUACAGUGGAUCAAACAUAUCAACAGAAAGCAGUAGAGCCUAAACAAAGAGAAUUAUCUUUCAUUGUGAAUUCAGCUGUCUUUUGGGAGGAAGUAAUUUCUGAGAUUUUAUGCAAAAUCCUUUAUGUAUUCUCACAUAAUACCAUGGCCGCUGAAAACCCACUUAAAGCAAAAGCCAAUGUUACUGACAUUGUUAUAAGAUUAGUAAAAUCAAUUGUGCUGGAGUUCACCACAUCACAAAUUUUAGUUGCAGAUCACUUGGAUGAAAAUCUGUAUUUUUCAGAAGGAUAUAAGGAAAUGGUUAAAAAAACUGUCCAUGUUAUUUGUGAAAAAAUAUUGGAUGAUUAUCAAUCUCUGAUUCAUAUUUAUAGAGCUAUACAAAGUGACGCUGUCAGUUUUGGGGAAAAAAUAUAUUAUUUGCUGUUAGGAGAAAUUUAUGAUUAUCAAGUGGAGUCAUUAGUUUCAGGAGAAUUAGCAACUUCUUCGUAUUCCUCCCUCCGAGAGGAGAACAUCAUCAGAAAUAUACUCAACACCAUCAAUGAUGAUAGCCAUGACUUUUUGCCAUCAUGCAUCACUGUAUUGCCUCAUUCCCUUUUAGAAGAUAUGAUUUACAAGCUCCUAGCACAUAUAUUCCCUUCAUCUGAGACUGAAACAGAACUAAAUAAAGAGGUGCCACCAGAUUAUGAGUUUGUGAAUGCAGCUUCAAAACUAACUGAAGAUAUUAUAACAGAAAUUACUGAACAUGAGAUUAGACUUGCCAAGGCAGAGGAGCAUGUGGAAAGUUUGCAAUUAGGGGCAAUUGAUAACUUUGUUGAUUCCAUGUGUAACAAUAUUAUGAAAAAAAUUAAGUUUGAAGAUGAUGCACAGAAAGAUACAUGCAAAAAGGGAGGCCCAUUCCUUAGGAGAAUAGCUGGUUCCAUUAUGAAGGGAAUUGUGGACCACCAUCUGCAGCCAUUUUUAUGUGAUGAAGAAUCAUCUCCCAGUGAGUUACUCGAAAAUGACCAUGUCAUUGAACUCUUGAAUCCUAAUAAAGAAAAACUGCAGCCCUUCCCUCAGGCUUCUGUGUACUCUGCUACAUUUUUGGAAGAUGUCAUAAUUGACCUUGUUCGCAAAUUUUAUACCCUACCAAGUAUUGCUGAAGAUCCUAAGGACAAAGCAACAUCAGAAAGAGACCUCAUGGGCCUGGCUAUAAAAUUUGCAAAUGCCCUGAUAGGAGAAUUUAGAAAAAGUGAAAUUAAAGUUCUAGCAAAUGCUGAAAAAAUGUUUUCGCUUCCACCAAUAGAUAAAGAGACAGUUGAUAAAGUAUCUGAUUCUGUGUAUGAUGAGAUCAGAGAAAUACAUGGAUCUAAAAAUGUUCAGAAAGAUCAUAGAAGUAACAUUGCUAUAGAAAUGAUUGCUGCUUUAGCCAAGAAGGCAAUCUCUGCUUUCAAGAUUCAGCCACUUUUUUGGGGAGACUGGUCUUCCACCUUCUUUUCAUUUCUAAAUGUGGAUAGCAUCAUCCGAAGAAUUCAACACCUACCAUAUAAAACCUUUACAAAGAUAAACAGAAGCUUGAAGGAGAACCAAGUUUCUUCACUAGAACAAUUAUCUACACUUACUCCUCUCACCUCAGGCCUAAAAGACAAAAUGGACACUUUGGAGAUAGAUAGAAAAACACUUAAUGGAAAAGAGAACUUCAAAAAGAAGGAGGCGUCAGUGAAAACAGGCAGCACCCAUGAGCCAAUAUGCACCAAUAUAAGUAGCAUUAUGCAGAGUAAAGUAACUACCCUAGCAUCAUGGUCAGUUGGAGGUUUGGCAAAGAAAAAGAAAGGAGAUGAAAAGAAAAAGGAAAGUUCAGUUGGAAAAGAUAAUGAGAAGUUAUCAAAAGUUACUUUUCCAACAACCAGUGUGAACAGUAAAGAUACUCGAGGGCUAGAUUUGGGUACAGCACUUACAAAGAGUAAAACCAAGAAGAAAGACCAUUUGGCUAGAAAAAAUGAGAAAGGGCAAGGUGAUGAGGUAUGCCAACGUCUUUCAGUAGCUACUGAUGAUACAAAAAUUAAGAAGCUUGUCCUGGAAACAGAUUUUCAAAUAGUUGAUAAAAAGAAGAGUGAGAAGAAAAAAGAAAGUUCAUUAAGGAAGGGGGAUAGACUUUUUGAAUUACCAUCCCUGAAAUCCAAGUUGAGAAAUAGAGAGAGCCAAGAGAAAAGGAGAGAUUCUCCAUCUUACACAGUUACAGAUGACAAACAAAUCCUGCAUCCUAAACAUGUCCAAAAUAUCACUGAAAUUAACAGAAAUGUUUUAGAAAUAUCUUCUUUCCAAGGACCAAUGAUUGAUUCAAAAUCCCCAAACCCUCUAGGCGAUAAAGCAGCACAUGUAACUCAAGGGGAUGGCAACGAUUUUGCACAGCGUGCUUCAAUGAGUUCAGCUAAGCAAAAUGCUCCUGCAAAAAAGGAGGAGAAUGAGAAAAGUGAAGAUAAGGAGAUUAAAAGUAAACCUAGUAAAUGGGACAACCCUCAGAACCCACCAGAAAAUAAACCCAGGAUUUUCCCUACUAACUUUUUAGAAGAUGUUAUCUCUGAAAUAGUUAACAAAUUGAUUUUUUCUUCCUUACUGGAUACAGAUGAUGUAUGCCAAAAUGCAACCAAUGAUGUAAAUCAAGCUGAGCUCUAUGACACGGCUCUGAAACUGAUUGAUUCCCUGUUAAAGGAGUUUUCAGAUGCUCAAAUUAAAGUAUUAAACCCAGAUCAAGGAAGUAAGUUCCUCCCAUCUGAGGAUAAAGUUCCAUCAGUUCAUAAAGCACCUCUCAGGCAAAAAGAACCAUUUGUGGAUAAAACACCUCCCAAGAGAAAAAUAAUUAUGGAUAGUAUACCACUCAUGCAGAAAAUGACACCUGCAACUAAAAUACCUUCUUCAGAUCAGGCACCUUUUAUGGCUAAAAAACAAUCAAUCAAUAAAAUAUUGGUCAAUAAGGUUGUUCACUCCUCUAUAUGCAAUAUUUUGCAGGAAUAUAGAUCUCAAGACUCCAUUUGUGAGGACAUAAAUAGUAAUGUUGAAAAAUUAGCAAGAAGGCUGGCUAAUGCAGUAAUAGAAGAAAUUUUUCAGCAUCAGCUAAACUUGCUACUUUAUGAUGAGGUUCCAGAUUCAGUGUGUUUGCCUCUAGACUCUAAGGAGGUUAUGAAAAAAGUCCAUAAGGUGGCCCAAACGGCCUGCAAAGAGUGUCAAACAUCAUUGCCAUACACCAUAAUGCUGCCUCAUGAAUUUUUAGAAAGUAUAAUUUCUUCUCUUCUAUCAAAAAUUUUCUCAACAGUAGCCAGUGCUAAAGCAGAAAUAUCUGAGGAUGAUUUGUACACAGAAUUGAAUUUCCUUCAAAUGAAGUUAGCAAGUACAGUUAUAACAGAAAUUUCCAAAGAUGAAGAUAUGAUUAUACAGUAUGUAGAAUCCCUAUGUCCUAAUGAUGAUGAAGUUAUUCAGUUAGUGGUUCAGGCUAUUUAUAAUAAUCUCUUGCCACAAUUUGGAUCUCAAGAGAGCAUACAAAAGUGUAUCAGCAGUGGUUGCAGAAUCCUUUCAGAAACAAUAGUGAAUUUAGUUGUACAGGAAGUGACUGGAAAUCAGUUACAAAACUAUUUUUCUGGAGAACUGACGCCACCUCAGUGUACAGAAGUUGACAGUGUUGUUGAAAAUAUCCUUAAAGAUGUUAUCCAAACCACUGAAGUUCCCCAGCCUCAGCCAUCACAGGCUUACAAACUGCCCUUUAACAUAAUAGAAGAAAUUGCUGUAAAAUUUUUGUCGAAGCUUCUAUCUAUGUUUCCAAAGGCAGAUAAGAGACAAGAUAAUUCUCUAAAUGCUGAAAUGCAAAAAAUAACCUCAAAAAUCUUAAGUUCAUUCCAAGAAUAUAUCUCUAAAAGUCAGAUUACAGUAGUACCACAGGUCAAAGAAUCACCCACUGUAUCUUUAGCAGACAGUGCAGCUAUUGAAAAAGUAGUUACUUCUGUUUAUGACACUAUUUUAAAGCACUCUGGCUCCCAUAUUUCAGUGUAUAAAGAUUUAAUGGGUAAGAGCAAUGUCCUGUCUGAUAUAAUAGGAUUUUUAAUGGUGAAGGAAAUUUCCAAGUCAGAAUUUCAUCCUCAAGUAGAGGAAGAAACAUCAAGUUCAGAGUUAGUUCUGGAAGCUGUCAAAAUUAUGGAAAAGGUGGUUAAGAUUAUUGAUGACCUUAAGUCAAAGAAAAAGCCUUCAUCCAAAAAAGAGGCUGUAUUAGAUGCCAGGAUUUUAGAGGAAGCACUGGCCUUGUUCUUGGCUAAACUAAUAAAGUUGCCAAGUGCCUCAAGCAAAGAUGCUAAAAACUUAUCAAAGCCUGAGUUAAUUAAAAUUGCAUCUCAAUUGACAAAAUCUGUAAUAGCUGAAGUUUCCAGAAGAAACGUUAGUAUUAUAGCUGCUAAUCCUGAAGAAAACUUUUUAAAUCCAGAAAGUAUAGAAAUUAUUUCUCAGAUGGUCAAUUCCAUUUAUAAUCGUGUACUACAGCAAUCUGGAACACAUGAAGAACUUUAUUAUGACAUGAAAGGUGUAAACCACAUCUUUCCUAAAGUGACUUCUUUAAUUAUCAGGAAACUUUCCAGUUGCCCAUUAGAAACAAUUAGCCCAAAAGAGUCACAUGCUAAUCUCUUUGGCAAUCUGGACGUUGGUCGAAUUGUUGAAAAGGCAUAUGAGCAUGCUAUCAAAACGGAACCUGAGCAAGAGCAAAAAGGGGUCGAUCAAGAUUUAAAGGGACAGGAGCUUUCAGUUAGCAUAAUUCCUCACCAUGGGAAACAGCCAAUCAACAUUGAUCCAGACAUUGUUGCAGAACACUUAGGGGUCAUUUCUAUAAAAACACAACCUCUCGAGAACCUGCAAAUGGAGUGUUUGGCUAGAACUGGACACAGCAUUGAAACACUGAGAAAAAUGUCAGUAAGUGGGAGGAGUUACUCAACUGCCACACCUGAUGAGAGAAAGAAAGAAAGACGUGUCUCUUUGGAUGGGACAGGACGACUGAAUGUAAAGCCUUUAGAGACUGCUAGUAGAAAUUCAUUUGAAAAUUUAACAAAGCCUGACAUCAGCAAAGUGGAGCUUUUAAAAGACGUCCAAAGCAAAAAAGAUCUUAUCAUUCGGUUGGUAACUCAUGAUAUUAAUCAAGAAGUUUCAGAAGAGAGCUUAACUUCUGAUGAAGAUGAAGUUGUUUUACACGAGGUUGUAAAAGAAUUUCCAGAAGCCCCACUUGAAGAUCAAGUAAAAGAAGAGGCUCUCCCCAAGUCACUGAUGAGCAAGAGCAAUCUGAAAAAAAUUUUGUCACUGGGAAAAUGUUGUCACCCCAAAUCCAGUGUAACUGCAAUUACUGAAGCAUCACCAACACAACGCACAGAAUCUGAGCAGACACAAAUAAGAACUGUUUCUAAAGUUGAUGUAACUACCUCAGAAUUCUCAACUGACAGAAACUCUUCCUCUUGGGAGAAAAAGACACAACUGAGUGGAAUAGAAGUGAAAUCCAGUUCUGAACCUACACAUUACUUCAUACAUAGAAUUAUGAGUUCAUCCUCAUACAAUGAAGAGGACCUGCCUUCAUUUUCUAGUAAUGAUGAUGAGCGUCCUUCAGAUCCAAGUGCCAAAAUAACAGAAGAAAGUUUUGAAUGUCCAGAUCCGGAUAAUUUAAGCAGUAUUGAGUUUGUCACUCUCUACCAACGCAAAAGUUCCCUGGCCAGCCUAUAUACUUCAAAUGACAGCACUCCAGACUCUGAUAAGCCCAGCACUUCCAAGCAGGGGUCUGAAAUGAUGAGGAAGUUAUCGUCUGCUCUAUCCAAAAUGUUCUCAGGAUCUAAUGCCAAUGUUCCUAAAUCUUCCUCACCCUCACCCCCUCACCAAGACAGAAGCUGAGGCUGCGACACCUGACAUCAAUAAGCAUGCUGGCCUUCCUCAAAAAAUAAAUGGUUUUUGAAGCAUGA